AUGAGAUACACCUUGCUCAACCAUUCAGGUGACACCACCAAUCCAUCAAAACUACUACUACAGAUCAUUAUCUUGCAGUGUUUUUACUACCUCUCGGCACUUGUCAUAUUCUACCUAGUGGCCUCACUCAAUGGAUACGACUUUAAAAUCGAUUGGGUGUUCCUGUGGGAAUUGGUCGAACCCGACAACGCUAUGGGGUUGACUUUGUUUGCAAUGUGGCUAUUUGACGCCUUGCUAUGUGUGUUGUUUGUGACCAUCAUUGUUGGCCGAUCGAAAUUGGCAUGGGACUUUGCCGUCACCGUAUACAUAAUCAACCUAAUUGUGGUGUGGACAUACACCGGAAAGUUCCCUUCCUCCAUCCUAUGGUGGUGUCUACAAGUGUUGAGUGCUGUCCUAUUGGUAACCCUCUCCACGUAUUCCACACGAUGGAACGAAUUGAGAACAACGUUUUUUGACGGCAUGGUCGAGAUGUCGCCGCAAAACGAUAUCGAAAUGCAAAAUAUAACCUAG